UUAAAAAAAGUCUCGUACUUUUAACACUUGACUUUUUAUUAUUUUUACUGUUUAUCGUCAGAAUAAAUUGGAUAAAUUUUUAGCGGAAGACUAUUUAAAUAGCAACUCAAAGAUAUUAGCAAGUGAUGUCUUUAUCUCUAAUUAAGAUAUUUGAGUUUAGAGAGAUAAUUUUUUUAAACUGCAUUCUGACUCAAGUUAACUCUAGAAGAAGCCUUUUUGCAUUUUUAUUAACAAUCUUUAGAUGCUUGAUUGAGUUAUAAACAGAAAGUUUAUCACUUAGACUAGAAAAAAUAUUAAUUUAUAAAAUUAAGUUGUUAAAUUAUGAGUUUAAAUGGCCGACUUGUAAACUUUUUAAAUUCAAGUUAUUUAACAAUAAAUACAUUGAGAAAAUAAAAGUGCACCAAGCGCACAAACGACGCUCAUGGGAGUAUGGACUUUGGAUUCUGCCCGAUACUGAUAUUUUUUAAUGCAUUUUUUUUUAAAUUUACUUUUUUAAAGUAACCAUUUUUUAACACACAAAUUUUCAUUGCAUCUUAAAUAAAUUAACUGUAAAAAAUAAAUUUAAUUGAAAUAAAAACGAAGUCAAGCUGAAAAAAACUAGGAUUGUCGUAGAGGAGUGUCACUGUCCUAAAUUUAUUAAAAUGGAGUUACAAGAGACGAGCUCAGAUGCGCUGAAUGAGUCGAUGUGGCUGGACCAGCCGCCAUCGCCAUCCUACCAACAAUUAUCACCGACUGUGCAACAAAACGGACGCAACGUCAUCGCUAAUCAACAAAUUUCCGUAGGUUAUCAGGUACCGGAUCCCAGCAUUUUGUGGAACGAAAAACAUGAAUCGCCCCGAAAUUCCCCUGAUACGAAUGAACAUUCACAUCACGAUGAGACACGAGGCAACUCACAGGCCUCAACCUCUGGUUAUCAUUUUACGUCAUCCCGAAAGCGACCUUGUGAACUCAAUCAAAUUCACGAUUUGGAUCGCAAGUACAUUCGAAGAGAUGGUUCUACUGGUAGUAAUGUUUCGUUACACGCAUGGUCUUCCCGGCAAGUGGACGAACUCGCCCAGCAUUUGGUUGCUGAUCUGGAUGGUCCGCUAUCUGCUAUCACUACCAAUGAACUUGUUAAUGCUGUUGCGUCUUAUAAUAUGAGCGAAGCUUUGUUGGGACUACCGUCACUGACAGUUUUCAAACAAGAAGCUCCUUCCCCGGAAAAUCAGAUCAACAACUCAAAUUUGAAUCAUGUAUCGCAGAGAAAUAUUAAUGGUCCCUAUCAAAGCAACGGGAAUAUUGGUCUUCUAGUUGAGCCGGAUAGUAAUAACAGCGGGAACAAUAUUGCAAACAAUAAUGUUUCUACUACAACAACAACAAUAACAACAACGACGAUAACACCGAAUAAUACUGGUAAUAGAAACAAUAAUAAUCAUAAUAAUAAUAUUGCGCCAGGGUAUAAUCAUUGUAAUGGCAACAAUGGAAGAGAGCAAGUCACUAAUUUUCAUUCUUUAUUGUAUUCAAAUAAAGAAGAUUUUUCAAAUAGUCCGUCCGCGGGAAAUCAUGUAUCGUCAUCACAGCAAGAAUAUGAAUUUAAUGGAGAUAAUCGAUUUCAAUAUGUGUUGGGCGCAGCAACGAGUAUGGCAAUUAAAUUAACUGAAGAAACAUUGACUUAUCUUAAUCAAGGACAACCUUAUGAAUUGAAACUGAAAAAACUUGGCGAUUUAUCAGCAUACCGUGGAAGAACACUCAAGUCAACAAUAAAAAUAUGCUUUCACGAACGAAGAUUGCAAUACACCGAACGGGAACGAAUGUUAGCUUGGCAAGAUGCUAGACCUGGUGAGCGUUUGCUAGAAGUUGAUGAACCUUUGAGUUAUGGUAUGAUAGCAGUCACACAAAGUUCUUUGCCAAUAAAUACUGUCGAAAUCACAUGGGAUCCAACUAAAGAAGCUAAUGUUUAUAUUAAGAUAAACUGUAUCAGCACUGAAUUUACGGCUAAAAAACACGGAGGUGAGAAAGGUGUACCCUUUCGAAUCCAAGUAGAAACAACUUUAUGCAAUGAUUUCCGACUGCAUGCAGCCUCCUGCCAAAUUAAGGUUUUCAAAUUAAAAGGAGCUGAUCGUAAGCACAAACAAGAUCAUGAAAAAAUACGACGGAAAUCCCCGGAAAAACAAGACUUAUACCAGCCAAGCUGUGAAUGUACUGUUCUUAGUGAAAUACCACUCAAUUUAUUACCGCCAACAAAUUCUGGAUUAAACAAUCAACUGAAUUCCACUGACCCAAACAAUACAACUUUAACCCGAAGUUUAAGAAGUGCCGGCGGUGCAUCGCCUUCAGACUCUGGACAAGAUGAUAUCAGUGAAGGAUCACCACAAAAUAUGCCAACAGCACCAUCGCCAGCACUCAUUCUUCCAGAUCUAACACCAAUCAAUGAUACGACAGUCGGUGGAGUGUUUGAGCUUCCGGAAAAUGCAAACCCGAUGCAAACAGCAGCCUGGUUGCGUGCCAAUGGUUUGCAAAAACUUGAGGCCACGUUCAAAACACGUUCAGCCCGUGAUUUGCGAUCGCUAACUCGAAGAGAUCUAAUCGAAAUAUGCGGCUUAGUUGAUGGCAUCCUCCUUUACAACCGAGUUCAAUUACCUCAACGGAAGCUAUACUUUUCAAUGGAUAGUGAUGGCAUGGACGAUUGGAAAAUUAUUUAUUUGCGCAAUUUGACGAGUGAAGCUCUCACUCUUGAAAUUAUUAAGAAAUUUAAUAUUUCCUAUGAACGUUUACAUUCCGUUUGGGUUCAAGGACCACAUAAUAUAAGGAUUGUGAUGUCUAAUGAAGAUGUGGAACAUAUGGAAGAUAGAGAGUUAUACUUGAUCGAAAUUAUAAAAGAUUCGCCUAAUGACAACAACUAUAAACUAUUAUUGAAGCCCUUCAAUCCUGAAGAUGACGUUAAAAAAAACGCACGAGUUGUCUGAGCGAAAUUUAAUAAUUUUUUAUAUCGAUAUAAUAUUUGAAUAUUUUUUAUAACACAAUUUAAUAAUAAAUUGUGAUAUGGUUCCGACUAAUCUAGUAAAUUUGUUAAGAUCACUUCAGUUGAAAUGACGAAACUCGGAACAAAUUUGUUUUCUUCUUUUCGAUUGAAAAAAAAUUUAUUGUAUUUUAUAAGAAAGUGUCUUAGGAAAUCUGAAUUACGAUAUUUGCCGUAAAUUACCGCAACGGUAUUAGAAAAAAUUACAGCACUUUUACCGAAAUUUGCGGCAUUUUUACCAUAAAUUUGCAGUAUGUCGUAACCGUAAAAAAAAAAAAAUGCCGAAAAUUCCGAUAAAAUUUCCGCGUUUUACUGUAAUUUUAUGGAAAAUUUACGGCCAAUGACAGUAAUUAUUGUAAUGUACCGUAAUUUGGAUCUGUCGUGUUUUUUUUCAUGUUUAUUUCUAAUCAGAUAAUUUCAAGUGGUUCGAUUUUAUGAUAAUUUCAAUACAAAAUAGUAGUUUAUCUAUCGAGUGCGAUCGUGUUUAAGACGCGAGUGUGAAAAUUGGUGCCCGAGCCGAAGGCGAGGGUACCAACACACGAGCGUCUUAGACUCGAUUGUACUAGAUAAAUACAUUAGUUCUUGUGACAGAUAUUUGAAAUUUACUACAUUUAGUGCCUAUAAAUCGCAGGUUAUAAAUCCGUGUUAAUUUAUUUGGUAAGAUUGUUUUGAGUAUUUGUUGAAAAUUAGAGAGAAGUCGGUAAGUGGACGAAUUAAAAUGAUGAUAAAUUUUGUCACAAGAUGGCUCGUUAAGUUACUUCGAUAUUUUUUGGUCGUUUGCUAUCGCACAUGUAACCAAAAAAUAUUUUUUGAUCCGAUGAUGACGUCACUAUUAGAACGAUUAGGUAUCUUUUUUACCAGCUGUAUCUUAUCUAAUAUUUUUAGCUGCCGGCUACAGGCGCUAAAUGUCGUAGAUUUCAAGUGUCUGUCACAAAAACCGUCUUUUAGUCUUCUAAUUUUGAAAUUGUUACGAAUCGGGCGAAUUUAAUAAAUACUGAGCUCGUAAACUUGAUAAAAAUUGAGACCUAAUUUUAAUUAACAAACAAUUAGGGUUAUUUGUACAAUUAGAUCUCUUACCAUGACUUUUUUUUUUCUUUGUAUUUUGAAUUCUCGUUUUUUUCGGUUCCAAUGAAUUUUAUUUCAAUUUCAAUUAUUUGAAAAUUGAAUUAUACGAAAUUGUAUCUUGUUAAUUGCAUGCCAAUUCAUCUAUUAUUAUAAUUUCUGUGGAUUUCGUUAAUAAUGAUGUUAGCUAAGUAAUUAAGUAAAUUUAUGUUAUGACAAUUACUUUUAAAUUGUCUAUUAAAUAAGCUAGUGCUGAUAAAAAUGAACUGUCAAUUUAUUUAGCGUUUAAAAUACUAACAUACAUCAAAGUUAUAUUGACAAUAUUAUGUAUUAUUGAUAUGUUAUAUCUAAAGUUAAAUAAAUAUGAAAAAUAUCACGUGAUGAAUGUAAUUAUGACUCACAAUAUGAUGCUUUAAAUUUUCUGCUUAGGUAAACAAUAGCGAUGAUUUUAUAAUUAUUUUCGUAUUUAUAUCUUAUAUUUUUUCUCAAUCACGUGAUAUUUUUUUAGGAAAAUACUAUUAAGUGAAA